AUGAAGUUGAACUCCAGCACUACACAGCAUAUAACACCAUCACAUCAUCGGUUGAUGAAUUAUACAGCUAUCAAACCUCGAGGGAUAAUGGCAGCAGACAAGAAGAAAUUUGAAGCACUCGGGAAGGGUGACAUGCAUAUCAUGAUUCCUAAU